AUGGGCCAGGCCGAGUUUAACGCCAGAUCCGGAACCACUACCGAGAUAUCCGCAUCCGCACUUCAACAGGAAUCAGAUGCGGAGCCCAUAUCAGAGAAAAAAGGGAACACAGAGACAGAGACAGAGACACAGUCAGGCGAGGCGGAAGUUCCUGCCGAGAGAAAUGGCGUGCAUGAUGUCGAGAAAACACCAAAGAAAUCACUGGCCUUUAAACUCGCUUUCAUAGGCCUUGCUGCCAGCCUUUUUGUCUUCCAGUUGGAUGCAACGGCGCUCGGUAUUGCCCUUCCAACCAUAGCUCAUGAUCUAGACGGCGAGAGUUUGGAGUCCUUCUGGGCGAACUUGUCCUACACCCUAUGUGGUCUUGUCAUGCAACCGGUGUGGGCCAGUAUCUCCAACGCGUUCGGCCGGAAACCGCCUCUCUACGUAUCCAUGGCAUUAUUCUUCAUCGGAUCCAUCGUUUUUGCUGUUGCCCAAAAUAUGAACACCAUUAUUGUUGGCCGGGUGCUGCAAGGUUUCGGUGGUGGAGGAAUCGACGUGCUUGCGGAGGUGAUUCUCGCAGAUAUGACGACGCUGGAGGAACGCUCAAAAUAUCUGGGCUUGAUGGCCAUUCCAAUGGCGAUUGGCAAUAUCAUGGGGCCCUCGGUUGGUGCACUAUUCGCUACCUAUGCGAGCUGGAGAUGGAUUGGAUGGGUCAACUUGCCGUUGCUAGGAAUCGGGACACCUCUAGUGUUCUUCUUCCUCAAGUUACGACCAGUCCCACUCGAUGCAUCGCUGGCCAAGAACUUGAACCGCCUCGAUUGGAUCGGUAUGGUGAUGGUCGUCGUCGGCAUCACAAUCUUUGUGUUACCCCUCAGUUGGGCUGGCUCCUUAUUUCCAUGGGCCUCAUGGCAGACUCUGCUCCCAAUGUUCUUAGGGCUUGCCGUACUGGUCAUAUUUGCUUUCUACGAAGCGAAACCCGCAGCGCCUAUCGUUCCUCAUCGACUCUUCCACUCGAAGACUGCAAACAUGACAUUGGCCGGAGGCUUCAUUCAUGGCGCGAUUCUGGUCGCGCUUCUUCAGUACUUGCCCUUGCUUUACCAAGCCGUGCAACUCGAAACUGCAAUCCUGUCGGCCGUUUCUCUGCUCCCUACAGUCAUUACUAGUGUGGUGGUCGCAGCUGCCUCCAUGAUGAUGGUUCCGUGGUUUGGUGGAUAUGUCUGGCUUUUACGACUUGCAUGGAUCAUACUGACGCUGGGAACCGGCUUGCUGGCCCUGUUCGACGUCGGAUCGUCGUCAUCCAUGCGUCUCGGGCUUCCCAUCCUAUGGGGAGCGGGGGUUGCCUUGCUCCGUCUCAAUCUGCUUCCCAUGCAAGCGAGCGUCAAGAAUGUUGACGACACCGGCCUGGCGAUUGGGCAGUUUCUUACGAUUCGCAUGUUUGGAGGUCUCGUCGGCCUCACGAUCUCUUCCACCAUUUUCAACACCGUCUUCUCGACAUCUAUCUCCUCUACUACGGUACCACUUACAGGUCCCCUGGCGCCUCUCAGCGACAUCUCCAACGCGGUUGCCUUUAUCGACAAGCUGAGAUCACUCGACGUUCCUCUUGAAACGCUCGAUCAGGUGUUGCGGGUUUAUCUGAAGUGCUUUCAGACGAUCUUUUACACGAUGACUGGGCUUAGUGGACUCGGGUUAGUGACUUCGAUGUUCGUGGAUGAGAUUGACCUGAAGGGGCAGAGUCUCGGGAAUCAGCGCUUUGAGGAAUAG